UGGAGAGAUCCCUCCAGCAGGAGGACCCGAGUGACUGAUGGACCUUUCCAGACCCAGGUGCAGACUCUGGAGAAAACUAGUCCUCGUGGCCAGUCUGCUGGCCUGUGGGAUCACCCAGGCCUCCAGCCAAAUGUACAUCAGCCCAAACCCAUUCACAGGCUUCAAGGGAUUCCGGAGCCUCCUGACUGUCAACAACGCCCCUAAAGAUGUUCAGGAAUAUAGCUGGCACUGGGGUGCAAAUGACACUGAGGAAAAUCCAAUUAUCAGCUACAACACCACAUCUCACUCCCAGCAGAAUGGGCCCAUGUACAGUGGCUGGGAAACAGUGUCCCAUACAGGUGCCCUGCUGAUCAAGGAUUCUCAAUUAAAUGACACGGGGAACUACACCAUGCAGGCGGCUGCCAUCAAUGACACCCAGAGAGCAACUGUCUGGCUCAAGGUUCGAGUGUUUGAAACCCCAAUCAUCUCAGUCAACACCAGCUACGCAGUACUGAAUGUGGACUCCGUGGCUGCCAUCUGCCAGACCAAUGACACAAAUGUCCAGUGGUAUGUAGGCUACGCACAGGUGUCCAGCUACGAACGCAUGACCAUCUCUCCAGACACUAAGACCCUCAUCAUCAAAAGGGUCAGGAGCAGCGACUCACCCCUGCAGUGUGGGAUCCAAGUCUUCUCAGAGAUUAUUAAGAAAAGCAAACCGGUCUAUCUGACGGUGACCUAUGGACCCUCCUAUGCAACAAUCUUCAGCACGCCCGUUAACUACCAGGGCAUCCUGCCUGCUGAGAUUGGCUCCCAAGUGAAGAUGGAGUGUUUUUCUGAUGGCAGACCGCAAGUCAAGUACCACUGGAUCCACAACAUCUCUGUCCUGAGCUUCUAGAGAAGAAUCACCCCCCCAAGUCUGACCUGGGACCUGAUGGGCAGAUACAGGUGCAUCGCAGAGAACCCCGCCACCCACGAGGUCUUGUACGAUGAAGUCCAGGUCCAGACCCACAUGCCCAUUUGAUAGUGAGAGUUCGAGUUGAUGGGGUUGCUGCAUGAGGGACAUCACACAGGGCACGAGAAGCUGUCAGCCUGGCUCAUCCCAGAGAAUCAGGGCUUAUCCAAGGGGUCAGCAUCUCAGCACCUUUCCUGGCAUUCCUCAUCACGGGGUCAGUCGUGGGCAGCGUCAUCAUCUGUGGAUAUCUGCUUCUCAGAGUGAUCAAAUGUUACUCCACCAGGAAAAAUCGGGCCACAUAAGAGUCCACCUCAAACCUGGAGGACAAGACCAGAUGGGCAAGGAGUUAAUAGGUCUCUAACUUCUCAACUUCCUCAACCCGACACCCUGGGACCAUCAGAGAUGCUGCAAAGACCAUCAGAGAUGCUGCAAUGUCACAUCUCAGCAUCACCAGUGACAGAGAGACAGAACAACCUACACAUGCCCAACUCCGAGAAUUGCUUAAAUGGGGCACAGCGCAUGUCGAGUGAAUUUGUCAUCGUUAGAAACUUGGCUGGGAAAGGACUCACUGAUGUGGGAAAUGUUCACACAUGCACACACACAUGUAUGCAUAGAUGUGCACAUAUACCCUCCCUUGCCAAAAAAAAUGUGGAAAAUGUUAGCCAUCAACAGUUCUAUCUCAAUUUCCU